AUGACGCUGAAGCUGCAAGGAACGUUUACGGCGCUCGUAACGCCUUUCAUGGAAGAUGGCGGUGCCGUGGACUACGUCAAGCUGCGGGAGCUGGUAGAGUGGCAGAUCCAGGAGGGCAUCAAUGGGCUUGUACCUAUGGGUACGACGGGUGAGUGCCCCACGGUCUCACACGAGGAGCACGACCGCGUAAUCGUAGAAGUAGUCGCUACAGUCAACGGACGCGUGCCUGUGAUUGCUGGCACAGGUUCCAACAGCACGGUGGAGGCGCUGCGACUCACGCGUGCAGCAAAAGAGCACGGAGCUGAUGCCUGUCUAGUGGUGUGUCCAUACUACAACAAGCCGACGCAGAAGGGCUUGUACGCUCACUUUAAGGCUGUGGCUGAGGUGGGUCUGCCCGUGGUCAUGUACAACAUUCCGGGUCGGACGAACGUCAACCUGUCGCCUGAGACCAUAGCAGAGCUCUACAAGCUGCCCAACAUUGUAGCCAUCAAGGAAUCUACAGGCUCGCUGGACCAGGCCAUGGAAAUUGCUGCUCUUUGCGACAUCACGAUCUUGUCCGGCGACGAUAACCUGACGCUGCCACUCAUGGCAAUGGGUGCCACGGGUGUCAUCAGUGUGCUUUCGAACGCAUCUCCUAAAAAGGUGCUGGCCGUCACGGAGCCGAUGCUUAAGGGGGACUACGCCGCUGCUCGCAAAGCUGCUCUGGAGAACAUCUUUCUGGUCAAAUCGCUUUUCAGUGAAGCUAACCCGCAACCCAUCAAAAAGGUGCUGCAGCUCAUGGGCAAGUGUUCGUCUGCCGUGCGCGCUCCUCUGGUCGAGUGCGAACCGUCGACUAUCGAGAACCUCACGAAAUUAGCCAAGGAGCACAAGCUUAUCUGA